AUGUGUAAAAAUAACAUUGCUGCAGAUAAUUUCUGUGACCUGAUGGAACUACAAAGGGUGAAUGGCUGUAGUGCAGCUGAUGAUUAUUACAAGAAACCUGAAAUAAUUGUUGAAAUGGAAACAGCGAUUGCUGAUGUUAUUGAGAAAAAUGUUAUCAAUGAUAUCAAAAACAGCCCAUUCUUCGGAGUAAUGUUAGAUGAAACAUGUGAUAUUUCCGUGGGAAAAAAACUAGUCAUAUGUGUCAGGUACAUUAAGGAAGGAAAAGUAGUUGUUGCCUAUAUUGGAAAUAAACAGAUAACUGACUGUACUGCCAAUGGGAUCAAAACAUCUUUAUGCGAGUUCUUAAUCUUAAAGGAUUUAGUGCAGCAUGAUGACUUUUCAAAAUUGAUAGGGCUAGGUACAGAUGGUGCAUCGGUAAUGAUCGGGUGUAAAAACGGCCUUGGUGUAAAACUCAAAGCAAAGAAUGAAGAACUUGUGCAGGUUCACUGUGUGGCCCAUAGACUUAACUUGGCGGCAUCACAAGCAGGCAAAGGCAUACCCUAUCUUGAGGAUUAUAAGACAUUUAUUCAUAGUUUGUACAAGUUUUAUAAUGACUCUUCAUUUAGAUAUGACAAACUCCGUGAACUACAAGAACUCUUACAUGGUAAAGCUAAACAAGUACCAGAGGGUACCUCUGUCAGGUGGUUGUCUGUUGAGGCAGCUGUGAAAAUGAUAUACACAUUAUGA